AUGCCAGAACUGAUCAGCUGUGUUACAGGAGUUAAGGAAAGACUAGCGUCUCAUUUACAAGCAACAGACAGUUUGCUAACAGAUUUAGAAACCAAACGGACUGAGGUAAUAAAGAACAGAGUCACCGUUCAGUGUCAGAUCCGAUCCAUAAUCCAGACAGUCACAGAAGCCAUAAAGAAGAAGGAACGACAACUCCUGGACCAACUGGAUGACGCCACUGAGAAACACAUCGAGCGAGUGAAAACUGAAAUGAAGCCUGAAAAGAUGGCCAAGCAGGUGACAAGUCAUCACUCUGUGAUGAUAGACAGAGCUCUGGAGUCUGGAAGUGAAAUGGACAUCUAUGAGAUGUACCUGUGGUGUGAGUCAGAGGAGUUUCCUACAGUAUACGACCCAGAUUCAGAUAUAAAAUAUGAACUGAGAGAGAAAGUAUGUUUUAUGCAUGAUUGUGAAGAGAUCUGUAACAAUAUACACGAGGUAAGCUUGGGUGAAUUUGAUACCAUAUAUGAAGAUGUGUUUGAUUCUACAUCGACAUCAGUUCUACACGACACAGUGGACAUACGAACAGAAGAUGAGACAAGUUUACCUCAUGUUUAUGACGUGGCAGUGUUCAAUGAAGGCGGUACAGACACCAUAGUUGUAACUGAUAAUAACAACAAGUGUGUCAAAUCCUUCUACACACGCAAUACUCAACCCUGUCAGAGUAAGCUCUCUGUUCAGAGCCCCCCUCGGCGGAUUGCAAAACUUAAUGCCCAUCACAUGGCCGUGACCCUUCCCGAGACAAGGGAGAUAAUAGUGAUUGAAGUGAACCCUGACCUUGUUCUUCAAUCAUACAUUUCAACGAGGAAGAAGUACUUUGGUCUGACGACCCUGACACCUACUACCCUGGCAGCAGGAUCCGGGUCGUCUCCCUGUUUGGACAUCCUGGACAUAGCGGGGAAUGUGUUGAGGACGCUGAAUCCUGUCAUAGUAGGGGGGACCCUUGUAUCAGAUCCUUUAUUCCUAUCUACCACCAGUCAAGGUUACAUCCUGGUAUCUUGCAGUCAUGCCCCAAGAAGUCAUGUGCUAUGUAUGACACCAAACGGAGAUGUUGUGUUUAAUUAUGUACCCACAGGACAACACCGAGCAAUGAAUCCAUGCGGCAUCACUGGAACAAACACAGGCGACAUGCUUGUUGUUGACGAGUAG